ACAGGAGUAGAUAACCACUGGAAACUGUGUACUAAUAGCAACAUACAAAUGCAUUGUGGGUAACUUUUUGCCUGGGAUUUUUUGCACGUUCUCUAGAUAGAAGCUGCAUAAAUACCGCAAUCAUGACGGAUGCAGGGUUCUUUAAGGGAACCACUGCAGAGCAGGACAAUCGGUUUGCUGAUAAAAAGAAAAAACUUUUGAAAUCAAUGAAGUUCGCAGAUGGAUUGGAGAAAAAGGUUGAUAUGAAUAAAGUGAAUGUAGAAACUCUAAAACCAUGGAUUUCCCAGAGAAUCACUGAACUUUUAGGGAUUGAGGAUGAUGUUAUUGUUGAAUUUGUAUAUAAUCAACUUGAAGACAAACAACAGCCAGAUCCAAAGGAUAUUCAAAUUAAUCUUACUGGAUUCCUGAACCCCAAAAAUGCCCGGAUUUUUAUGCAAGAAUUGUGGGAUCUGUUAAUAAGCGCGCAGGAUAAUGUUAGUGGAAUUCCAACAAAAUUCCUUGAACAAAAAAAGGAAGAAAUAAAGAAACGUCAGGCUGAACAGGAACGGAUUCAAGCUGGUUUAAGAAAGCAAGAAGAACAUAUGAAAGACAUUAAUAAAGACCGUCACGAUGGUGACAGAAGAGACCACAGGUCUCAAGAUAGGUCAAGAAGCUCAUCCAGGAGUAGGUCAUCAAAAGACAGCAGUCAGUCUAGAUCUCCACAACGACCUUCAAUUGAUUCAAAAUCACCAAAGUUGAUUUCAGCUAGUUCCCCUGGCAGUAAAGAGGAACCCAGACCUUUGGAACCAAAGCUAGAUAUAAUUGAUAUCAAUGAAGAUGCUGAGAAAGAAAAUAUAAAGAAUCUUGACAAUAAAAAAAAGGGCGAGGAGAAAGUCACUGUAAAGAAAGAAGUGACCAAGAAAGAUAGAAAAUCUAGAUCUUCAUCUCCUGAAAGACGAGAUAAAAGUCAUUCUAAAAGUCCAAAAUAUCGACGUCGAUCACGUUCUCAAAGCAGAUCUCCUUCACGGCAUAGAUCGCCAAAAUCCCAUAAGUAUAACUCACCUCAUAAAUCUCCCCAGAGACGCACUAUUUCUCCUGAAAAAAAGAGAAGUCCACCUUACUGGAAGAGGUCAGUAUCACCAAGAAAAAAGCACAGUUCUCCUCCCCGUAAAAGGAGGAGCCCAUCUCCAAGAAAACCUCGUAGCUCACCUAGGAAAAGGAGGAGUCCAUCACCACGAAAGCGGAGGAGUCCUUCACCAAGGAGACGACAUAGUCCAUCUCCAUGGAGGCGACGUAGUCCCUCUCCUCGUAAGAAAAGAACUAUUUCACCUAGGCCUAUCAGCUCUUUCAGAAGAAGAAUAAGCCCAAAUCAGAGAAAAUGGAUUGGAUCAGCUUCACCUAAUCCAAAUAAUAGACGUUCUCCACCAGGGCGCCGUCCUAUAAGAAGGAGAUCUCCAAGCUCCAGUUCUGUUUCCAGUAGUUCAUCUGAGUCUUCAUCAAGUUCAAGUUCAGCUGGUAAAUCGAAGCGCACUACUGAAAAUUCCAGAAGGGAUAAUAAGCAAGGUCAUAAUCAUGAAUCUGCAAAGGCUGCUUCUCCUGUGAAAUUAGGUAUUCAACAGCGACGCCAUUAUAGGACUCAUGAAGACACUGUUGAAAGUUCAACCUCUUCUUCUUCUGAGGAUGAAGAACCACCUCACAAAGAAUCUCGGGACAGAAGAGAUAAGAGAUCAGAAUCACCAAUACGAAAUCGUCGUUAUCCAUCACCUUCUCGACCCAGAGACAGAUAUGGUAGGAGAGACCUUAUCCGUGAUCCUGGUUCCCGACGAAUUAGGAGGAGGCCUUCUCCAUAUUCUAUGCGCCGGUCACCUUAUCCAUAUGCACCUAGAGGCUGGUCUCCUCAACAAAGAUAUCGCAGAUCACCUCCUCGCUAUGCGUCUCCUAGACUUAAAAGAAGUCCACCUCACUCUCCAAUGCGUGCUAGAGAUCGACCUCGCUCUAAUCGUCCUCGAGAUAUUUCUAGAUCUCCAUCACCAAGACGCCGAAACAUUCCUUCACCUAACCAGAUGCGGCGAAGACAUCGAAAGGUUACACCAGAUUCCCCUCCUCGUCAGAUGAGGCAACAUUCACCAUAUGCUAGGUCCCCUCCCAGGAUGAAAAGAUCACCAUCACAUUCACCACUGCCACCAGUACGUCAGAGAAGGAACAUCUCGAAAUCUCGCACUCCUUCUCCUCCUCGAAAAGUAAUCCAUGGUGACCGCUCUUCAUCAGAAUCACCACAGAGGGUAGUGAAAAAGGUCUUGCCAGGAGCUAAGAGAGAUCGUAGUGAAUCAGAAUCUCCCGUUUGCCGUGAUGCUUCACCUCAGAUGUCUGUAAUGACAAGGCGACAGAUUCCAGCUACACAACAUCAAUCUUAUCUGAAACAAAAAUCUUCUUCAAUGUCGGGUUCUGCAUCUCCAUCACCUGAACGUUUCCGACAAUCACCAUCACCUCUUCGUCAAAGAACAAGUAAAACUGUAACAGUACAUCAACACUCAGAGAAUCUAUCUCCUGUGGCAUCACACCAAAGAAAAGCUCGGGGUGUAUCUGCAUCUCCAGAAAAAGUGAACACUUCCUUGAAACUCCCCAAGAAACGGUCAUUAUCUCGGAGUAUGUCAAUGAGUCGUAGCCCCUCUCCAGUUCUGUCCAGAAGGAAAAAAUCAUCAUCACCUCCAGCUAAAAAAGCUCGGGACGAUGUUGAAUCAAGCAAGUUAAGAGAUUCCCCUAAAAAGACUAAAAAUUUACCUAAAGAUCAACAAAGGUUAAGUAGUCAAGACUCGUAUAAGUCAAGACCACUUUCUUCAAAUUUAUUAGUUCCAGAACCUGUUUCUGUUGACACAAACCAUCCUUCUCUUGAAAAGGUGUAUCAGGAUGACACAAUAUUCCAAGACUCUUCUGAAUCUCCAAAGAAAAAGCUAAAAACAGAUUCAUCAGAGAAAAAGAAAAAGAAGAAGAAGUCUUCCUCGUCUGAGGGAUCCGACAGUGAUGCUGCAACAAAGAAAAAGAAAAAGAAGAAGAAGAAGAAAAAGCACAAGAAACAUAAGAAACAUAAGCACAAGAAGGGCAAAGAGGAAGAAGAGGCUGGUUCUGAUAGUGCUGCAGAGCAAGAAAAACUGGAACAGUUAUUGAGAGAAAAAGCAUUACAGUCUCUGAAUAAGGCCAAAACCAAUCCUGCCACAUCAGGCAAUGAAUCCAGUUCUGGAACAUUUCAUAAUCCAACAGAAUAGUUAUUGAACUUCGGUAGAAUGUGACAGCAUUUUACAGUCUGUGUUACAUCUUACAAUACCAUCACUAUCCAUGCUGUUGCUGCUGAUAUUACUAAUACUAUUACUUAAAAUAGUGAUCUUAUUUGUUUUGCUGCCUUGAACAUAUCGUAAAUAAUUAUUUACUUAAUAAAGUACUGGUGCAGAUAAACUGGUAAUCUAAAUAUUGUUCCACCUGUUGGCUUUACUUAUUAUUAUAAUUUUUAUUUUUCAUAUAUAUUUUAUUUAGGUAGUUUUUUUGGGUUUAUUUUAACUUUCCAGGAAUAAUUUUUAUUAUUAGUAUAUCUAUUUAUUUUGUAGGUUCAGCAGGGAAAUUUCUUUUAAGAUUUUAGGGAACCUGACAAGAUUAUUUUUACUGAUUUAAUUAGGGAAAGCUAAAAGUAUUUUCAUUUAGUGAUAGGGCAAGUAUUAUGAAAUCAACAAAAUAUUAGUUGCUACAUCUACCUAAAUGCUGUUUGUGAUAACUUUACUUUGCAAGGAGUCAGUUUAUUACUUAUUAGCAUUAAAUGUGAAGGAUUGUUGUCAGAAUGCUCUGCUUUUUAGCUGAGUCAUUAUAUUCCCAAUGAUUCAUAUCUUGGGUUUUAUUUAAAAUGGUUUUUCUUUGAAGACUGAAGUGAUAAUUAUUUUUCUAUCAACAGCUUUCAAUGGUCCAACAUGACAGCUGGAUGUAGAGAUGAGCAUUGAAUCCUAUAGACAGUAUUUUCUUAUUCCGGUUGAUAUUUUUUGAGCUUUUUGAUUUUCUUUAUUUAAAAAUGAUUUUUUUUUUUUUUAAUAACAAAUUCUCCCUUCUUCCCGGUUCCCAACAAUUUUCUUUCAUUUUGCAUUUCUGCUAUUCAUAUUUUGUAAAAGAAUAUGUUUAUUAUUUAAGGCAGCAGUAUUCCUUGUGGCAUGGAAAAUGGAUUGCCUUGUUCUGUAUUAACUAUCUCAUUCUAAAGUGAGCUGGUAUGAAACCUGUGAAUUCUGUCACAAUUUCUGAUAUAUUUUAUUGUACAGUUGCUUUACAAUGGUUCUGUUUUAUUACAGAGUCAGUGUCUUAAUAAAGCUACCAUAUUUCACCACAA